GCGCUCCCUCCUCUGUGCGGCGACGCCCCGCUCCUGUACAGGCGUGCCCUCCCUCCCUCUCCGUCAGCGCCAUGAUGUCAAGGCUAUCUCAUCGAAGCAGUUGGCGGAGCUCGUGCCAUUCCGUUGGCGCCUACCGUCCUCAUCCCAGUCCUGCGACGGUCGCCGAGAUAAGUACCUCCCCUCCCUCCACUACCCCUCCCCUCCCUCCACUUCCUCGUCCAUCUCGUCUCAGCCCCAAACCCUAGCAGCAACUUUGAUUUGCUCUCUUCUUCCGUAUGCUUCCUCCUCCUCCCGAGAUCAUAACGCGGGGAUUUGUGGGCUCCGUAUCUUUCUUGUGCUUUCUCCUCUCUCGUACGGUCCUAACCUGUGCUGUUUUUGUUCCCACUUUUGCCUUGACCUAAUCUGCAACUUCUUCGAUUCUUGCCUUGGCCUGAUCUGCAACUUUUCGAUGGAGGCUGAAUGUAGGCACCGCGAUGGCCUCAGGUCACCUGGGAGGGUAAGGGUUAGAUAUCAGCAGCUGGAUUGAAGCCUUUUGAGGUUCAGCUAGCCGUGUAGAAAAAAGGAUGAGCCCUUACUGAAUCAGGUGGAGAGUUUAUGUCUGUUGUUGCCUGAAUCUUCGUGUGGUUGUUGUCUUGGCAUUGCAAAGGUCAUUUCCUACUCAAUCAAGAAAAGCACAUUGCUUUAAAUUGCUACUGAUUUCUGUUGUGGUUUUGCAACAAUUUGCAAAGAUGGGAGAUGUGCUGAUUCCAAGUCUCAUGACUGGUGAUUGCAAUGAUACCAUAUGCGUACGUGCUUCUAGGUUUUGGGAAUUUUAUGAUCUGAAUGGUGAGACAAAGCUGUUGCAUGCUGAUCUUGUGCUCCUUGAUGAAGAGGGUAACAUCAUACAUGCGCAGAUCUACCCCAACGCAUUUCAGCGGUUCAAAACAUUGAUAAAAGAGGGCAAUGUCUACAAUCUUGCUUGCUUUCGGGUCAAGAAAUCAAAUGACAAGUACAAACCAGUAACUAAUGAAAACAUAUGAUCAGCUUAUCAACAUAGACUACAAUAGAAGAGAUGUCAUUGGAAUAGUCACAGCAAUCUCAAAUGUCAUAACACUAAGAGCAAGAGGAAGACAAAAUGAUAGUUUGAAGAGGGUUGUCACCAUACGCAGUGAAAGCAAUGCUUCAAUGGAUGUCGUGCUAUGGGGUGAGCGUGCCUCUUCCUUCCCAGCUGAACAAAUGCAAAAAGAAGGAGAAGCAUUCCCACAAGUUAUCAUAUUUGUUGGUACCAUUGUCAAAAAAUACGCAUCGUCUGGAGCAGUCACCUUAGCCGACAAUUCACCAUGCAAGUGGUACAUAAAUCCAGAUGUUCCUGAGGCGAGAGCUCUUCUAUCCAGCAUUGGAAACACAAAUCAACCAAUUAGGUGGGAUCAGCAAAUGACACCAACUAAAGCUACACCUGCUGCUGAACACAAAAAUGUUUCUGAAAUCAAAGAUCUUAAUCCCUUCAAAUACAAGAAAAUGGACUUCUUGGUUACUGUGACAAUAAGAAAGAUUGAUAGUUCCUGGUGGUACAACUCUUGCUACAAGUGCGUGAAAACCGCUAAACCUUACGGUGACUUAUACAAGUGCACUGACAGUGAAUGUAAUUAUAUUGGCAAACCAGUCCAGAGGUACAAGCUAAGCAUGAUUGCUGGAGAUGAGACGGGUGACAUAGAUUUUAUCAUGUUUGGAAGGUGGGUUCAGCGUUUGACAAAGAAAACUGCUGAUACACUUAUCGCUGAGAAUCCGCAGGGUUUCAUUCCAAAUGAGAUCACAAGGCUCUUAGAAAAAAAAUUCGAAUUCAAUGUCAGCUUCACAGAAAACACAACAAGCUCCAACAAAGUUUGCUUCCAGGUCAAUGCAGUAGUUGGAGAAGUAAACGACACCAAUGCUCUCCCACCAACAGGAUCUCAGUCAUCAUCACUUCUGAUAUCACAGAGUGCUAGCGGUGCUAUCCAGCGCACCCCACAGAAAAGCGCUGCCUUCACUUUAACCUCACAAUCUUCAGGGGGCCAGCCAUGCUUCAAGCACCACACCAACAAAAACAGCUACCAACAUCAACGAGUCACAGCUUACUCCACAGAGUUAUGGAUACAAUGAUGGGAGUCAGAUCACUCCAACCAAGGAAUCAAAUAUUGUUAUAGUACCAACAGAGGAGCAACAUACAAAGUCCGUCAAUGCUCCAGCUAUCCAUAUUCAAAGUGCAGUUGCAGCACCAACAGAUACACAACACAAGAAUGAUGACACCAUUUUGGCUAAGUCUACUGCUAAUCCAAAAGAGUCUAAGUAUGCAGUUGGUAAUUCUGCAACUAAGACAAGAAAAAGGUCCCGCCCCUCACCCAGGCAAAAAAUUGCUAAAAAACUGCUGCUUGAUGAACACGCUGAAAAUGAAGAUGAUGACUGUGGCCAUGACACAGCCAAGCCUAGUUCCAGCGCAGAUGAUUAGAAUGAAGAUGCACAUCAGCUCAUUUUGUGUUUUCCCAGCUGCAGCCAUGUCUAGACCUACAUCUAAUGAAGUGCUAUUACGUGCAAUGUACUCUCUUUUGGAUACUUUUAUGGCUGCAAACUGUGCUAUUUCUAAGUCCUCUCUAAUUUAUUAGUACUCACUUUUAUUUGGAUUAGUAUUCUCAGCUACCUACAAAAAUAUUUGGUAGUUACUAAUGCUGAUCCUCAAUUGUAAUAUAUGGCUUGACAUAACCCAUCGGCUGCACAUACCAUUCAAUCAGUAAUACUACUGCUGGUGUUAGGAUUUAUAUUUGGCUGAGCAAUUGCUAUUACUUUGUUUGUCGAUCAAAACAUUGUUGUACUAUACUCCUAAUAUCUGAAUAGCUAGAUCUUAUUAUCUAUUA